UAUCUUAAUUCCUUUUUGAAGAAAACUUCUAUUUCAGAAAAAUGGCAACACUGCGCAGUGCGGCGCGCAGGGAUGCCAAUGGAAAUACAAAGUUUGAGUCAGAAGUAGGCGAAGGGGAGAAGAAAGGAGAGAAAGAUGAGAAGAAGAAUGAAAAGAAAGAUAACACAACAAUUGUUGUUUUCUUCGGACUACUUAUUGAUCUUCUAGCGUUUACCCUGAUCCUUCCUUUGUUCCCCUCCUUGAUUUCACACUACAGGAAGGAGGACUCUAGCGGUCUGUUCAACUACAUGGAGAUCAAGAUUGAAGGUUUCCGUGGGUUAGUCGGAGCCCCACCUGAGGUUAAUACUGUUCUAUUUGGUGGAUUUCUAGGCUCUAUUUUCUCUUUUCUACAGUUUAUUGCCAGCCCUGUCAUUGGAGGCCUCAGUGAUAGAUUUGGACGGAAACCACUUUUACUUCUCUCAACGGCAGGAAUCUCUCUGUCCUACGUUAUCUGGGUGUUAUCUAAUAAUUUCGCCCUAUUUGUUCUCGCUAGGAUAGUUGGAGGGAUCUCAAAAGGAAAUGUUUCCUUGUCCGCUGCAAUUGUAACUGACGUAUCUACACCUGCCAAUAGAGGCAGAGGAAUGGCUUUAAUAGGAGUGGCGUUUAGCCUAGGUUUUCUGUUCGGACCUAUUAUUGGAGCCGGGUUUUCAUUCUGGAGUAAAGGGAAGGAGGGAGACUGGUUUAUUUACCCUGCUGUUACUGCUCUAGGACUAUCCCUAUUGGAUAUCAUUUAUAUAGCUGUAUUUUUCAAGGAAUCCUUACCACCACACAAGAGAAACCAGAGUACCAGAGAUACACUUCUUCAGGCCUGGAUGUACCUUGAUCCAACUAAACUAUUCAAUUUCUCCUCCUUGACAAAUCUUCCAGACAAGGAUAGGCAAUCCUUAAAGCAGAUUGGUUGGGCCUAUUUUCUAUAUCUUUUCCUGUAUUCAGGAAUGGAAUUUACUUUGACUUUUCUGACUCAUCUUAGAUUCAACUUUACUUCAAUGCAGCAGGGUCGAAUGUUCCUGUUUAUUGGGAUCAUCAUGGCUGUUCUACAAGGCGGAGUUGUGCGCAGAAUUAAGCUAGGUGGAGAGAAAAACGCGGCAUUGUGGGGUCUUCUACUAAUUGUACCGAGUUUUGCAAUUGUGGGAAUGGCACAGUCCAUUUUUGCGUUGUAUUGUGGACUGGGACUUUAUGCAGUUUCUACUGCUUUUGUAGUUCCCUGUAUAACUACACUUGUUUCGCAGUACGGAGAACAUCAUCAGAAAGGAAUAAUCAUGGGAGUAUUUAGAUCCCUGGGAGCUCUGGGAAGAGCCUUAGGACCCAUUUUCGGAUCCUUUCUGUACUGGAGUUUGGGCCCUGAAAUAUCCUACGCACUUGGAGGCUUUCUUCUUCUUGUUCCUUAUCAGAUUCUGAAAUCCGUCAAAUAGAAGAACAGAACAUUUUUUUCAUCUCAAACAAUAUUUGUUGAAAUUUCGAGAGUAGUUUCUUUCUACAGGGUUUAUAGAAUUUUUUUAAAAUCUCGAGUUGUAAACCGUCCCAUUUUAGAUGCUCAUUGCUUUAUUUUAGUUUUAAGUUCGAUCAGAUCGAUUUUGUAUACUGUUAAAAACAUUUCAUUCCCUUUACUCUGACUUAGGACGAGUUUUGUUUUUCGUUUUCGGCCUUACGUAAAUUUUGUUUCUAAUCAUUAUAAUUUAUAUAACAUUAAAGCUGAUAUGAAACAUUUAAAUAUUUUAAAAAGUUAGAUAUAAUCUAUUUAAAAGCUCAAACACAUGUAUCUAUCACUCGUAACAGUGGCAGUGCUCAAAUUAAUUAACGGCUAUUUCAUAUCACUCAGAAACUUUUACAUGUGGUUUGUUGGACAGGAUUAUAUACCAAGGAUGAUACUUCUUAACUUCUUCAUUCUGAAGAUCACAGAUUAAUUUUUGUCUUUUCUAAAUAUGUACUAAACUUGGUUGUUAAAGAAUACAAACAGUUUAAAGCUACAAG